UAUACCCUUGACCGGAUGGGCGCGCUCAGCUCAGUCGCGGCGCGGCUCUGCUCGUAUCCUCGCGUCUCUCUGCCCGCACCACCGUGCACCGCGGCCGCGCUAUAUAGCAGCUCGCCCUCGCUCCCGGCACACUUCACGUUUCGGAGCCAUGCGCCUCCGCCCCUCGGAUGAAGCAUCGGCCGACUUAGUCAAAUAUCAUUAUUUUCCAAAAGUGCGUAUAGUAAUGAAAUAAUUGACACCUGUGCAAGUGAAGUAAAUAAACAUGAAGUCCAGAAACAACUCGUUCGAACCCCAGCCGGAGCUGCAGGAGCUGCUGCAGAAGCCGCACAGCCUGAAGCUGAUCCCUGACGGAAAACGCGCAACAAUAAUCCCAGCUCAAGGGACGAAUAAGGAGAAAACUCAUGCAGUGUCUCCAACUGAGGACGAGGGUCCAGAUGUAGUAGCUGAUGUGAUCGGGAAAUUUGGAAGAUGGCAGCUGUUAAUGACAUUCCUGCUAUCCCUCUUCUCAUUGCCCUGCACAUUCCACAUUUACCUACCAACAUUUACCGCGAAAGCGACGAAAUUUUGGUGUCAGAAGCCAGAAAACUUCUCGAGUUUGCCAUUACAAGAUUGGAUAAACUACAGUCAGCCGGUGGACAGCUGUUCGGUGCGGACAAUCUCUGCUGGAGUGACGGUGGAAACUAUUUUGAAUCAUACUGCUCCACUCAUAGACUCCUUUCAGAAAUGUACAGAUUGGAACUAUGAUAGGACAGAAGUGGGAAGUACUAUAAUCUCAGAAUGGAAUCUGGUUUGUGACAGAGCACACCUGACUAGCUUAGCUGAAGUCAUGUUCUUGGUCGGCGUUGGAGUCGGCGGAGUCGUCGGUGGUUGGAUAUCUGAUAGAUUCGGCCGCAAGCGGAUUUUGAUGAGCAUGAUGGUAGCGCAGAGUUCAUUGGCCAUCCUUUCUCUAUUGGUCCGUUCCUUCGUGCAGUACGUGGUGGUCAGGCUAGUCAUGGGAUUUGUUUCUGUCUCCGUGGUCUACGCAGCCUUUGUCCUUUCCGUGGAGUUGGUAGGAGGAAAGUGGGUGACCAUUGCGGGAGUCUGCAACUUCUUCUGGCUACCCGUGGCAUACCUGAUUGUCACCCUCUUGUCUCUUCUCAUGCCCAACUGGAGAGACCUACAACUGAGCCUGUCCGUUCCCGGAUGUCUGCUGCUGGCUUUAUGGUUCGUUCUGCCAGAAUCACCGAGAUGGCUGCUCAGUAUGGGAAAGACUCAGGAAGCGAAAGAAAUAUUGGAGAGAGCUGCUAAGUUUAAUAAGCGUGAAUUACCUUCUGAUAUAGACAAACUGUUAAUGUUACACAAAACACAUGAGACCACGGAACUGCCUAGUGUCAUGAUGCUGUUCAGAGGAGUACUGCGAAAGAGGACGAUAUGUCUAUUCCUGUCUUGGUUCUGUAUGACAAUUGCGUACUAUGGUCUGCUACUGAACAUUGGAAAUUUCAACCUUGGCAACCUACACGUAACGUCUAUAAUCCUGGCAAUCGUAGAAGUUCCAGCAAUAGCAAUAAGUAUCCCGAUUCUCUUGAAAGCUGGAAGACGAGUUCCUAUAUUCAUCAGUAUGUUGGUGUGUGGGCUCGCGUGUGUGGCUAGCGAGCUGCUGUCGAUAGCAUUCGAUGACGAAUGGAUCAUGAUCGCUUGCCUGAUGAUCGGGAAGUUCGCUAUCGGUUCCACGAACAUGAUGAUGCCGAUAUUCACCGUGGAACUAUACCCAACUGUGGUGAGGAACCUGGGUGUGGGAGCCAGCCAGAUAGCGGCCGGACUAGCACUUAUAUGCAUUCCGUACUUAUGGAGACUGACGAUGAUAAAUGAGCACCUACCGAUGGUGACUAUCGCAGCUCUGGCUGCUAUUGGAGGUGGAAUAGUGCUGCUACUAUCAGACACCACUCGCCCUGAACCCCAACCACCUCAGCCUGUGAACGAAAAGAAAGUGUAAGUACUCUUCAUUUUGUUUUUUAAUCAACUAGAAGACAGAAGACAUCCACAAAUAAAUAAAGACAUAUAAAAUAAUACUUCCCAUAAUGACCACGUUUGGUAGAGAUCGCAAACAAUAGGUUAAUGUUAUAUAUUCACUACCUGCCUGUAUUUAGUUACAAUUUUAUUUUUAAUUUAUUUUUUUUGUCGAUAUAUUCUGCAAGAAUUUGAAUAAUUACUAUUUAGGACAUGGCAACCGCUUACCAGACUUGUUUUCUUAACUAAAUAUUUUAUUUAAAGACUUUAAAGGUAGAACUAAAGGAAAAACAGUAAAGAAGUCCUUUCUAAUAAACUGAUCAUCAAUUAACUUUGUAAAACAGGUAAAAUAAGGUUAGAAACGUGACAUUGAAAACGUUUCCUUCAAUUUCCAUGCUUGUAGAAAAACUGAUGGUGUACAAAGAAAACAUGCAAAAUGGUUAGUCGUGUUAUCAUGAAAAAUUUACACAAAAUCUUAUACUAUUAUAUAAAGCGGAAGAGUUUGUUUUUUUGU